UGGGAGACCCUUCCACGGAGUUUCCAGAAUUACGCACUCAACUCACUCGGCCGGCACUCCCUAGGCCUGGGCAGCCCCCGCAGCCUCACCCCUAAUACGGACGGGACCUGUCAAGAGCCAUGACAGGACCUUUUUUAAGGUAGUGGAGGCUAUAUGUUAUUAGUUCGUGUGGAAAUUGCUAUUUGCGAGGCGACAAGACUUUUACCGCCUAUUCGCUAACGUUCUACGAGACAUGGGGUCAUUGUUGGAUACAGACUUUGUGUCCAAUGUUUUGACCCCUGUAUCUGAUGCCCAAAGAUCAAAGUGAAGCAUUAAUUGGUCGUCAAACUUGGCGAUGGACCGUGCUGCGCCUCACCAAUUUGCGAGGCUUAUCAGAUGUGGCGCUUAGUAACUCUGCUAUACUUUGUACUUACUACCCCUCCCACUUUGAACUUCAAAUCAUCAAAUCCCUUCCCCAUACAACAAACAACCUUGUCCAUUAACGACAAAUUCUUUAAGCCUUCAAAAUUAGCAUAGCACAUUUGCAGCUGUCAUCAUCUCCACCAUCUCAUCUCCUGCAUAUCCUGUAUUGACGACCCAUUGCUCUCCCUUGCCGCGUCACCUCAUCCCAAAUAGCCUCAAAGCCUUGGCCAUCUGAAUCUGAGAUCCCUGCAUAUUGAGUUGGUCCAAGUUCUGCAUCGCAAUGGCAACCUUGGAUAACGCGAAUCCAACUAUCCUGAGUGCAUCUCAGCUGCCUACCCGGCAGAAGAAGUCUGAGCCGCGUCGGGGUCCGGAUUCCAAAUACGACGAUAUCAUCUUCGCGAAGCCGUCGUAUCUUUCAGGGCCUUUCGGUCAAGGUCCGGCCGCAUGGCCUCGAAUGAACGACUGGCAGGAUGAAUUCUCAUCCGAAGCUAUUGACGAACAAGAAAUUUAUGAUCUGAUCUCAACAAUCUCGGAUCCAGAGCACCCGGUAUCACUCGGCCAAUUGUCAGUGAUUAACCUCUCUGAUAUUCACAUUACUCCCUCUCCUUCUAUGGGCGUUCCUGACCCCAAUACCAUCGUCCAGGUGGUUGUGGAGAUCACGCCUACCAUCACCCACUGUUCGCUAGCCACCGUUAUCGGACUGGGAGUUCGAGUAAGACUGGAGCAGGCACUGCCGCCCAACUACCGUGUGGAUGUUACCUGCAAAGAGAACAGCCACAACCAAGAUGACCAAGUCAACAAGCAAUUAGGCGAUAAGGAACGAGUUGCUGCAGCUUUAGAGAACGACACUCUGAAGGGAGUACUGGACAAGAUGUUGGAAACUUGCGCUUAGUCAUGACAAAAACUUCUAUUUUUGAAGACUACACUCUUUUAGAAGGCUUCAAUAUCACAGGGAUUCGGCUCGCUGAUCUUCUGGUGCGCACCAUCGAUUAAUGUCACUACAACAUAGACAAGUGACCAAUACGAAGGAUGCGGAACAUGAUCAUUCUCGUUCCGAAGCCUAAUGGCAGGAGCGAAAAUACCACCUUGGUGACCUUACCAUGUCUUGAAUCUCGGCAUUCAAGUUGGGGUAGUCUGGAUAGACUGUACCGUUAAACUGGUAAUGAGAGACCGCUGGGGAAAACAGCGAUUCUUGAUUGGAGAGCAAGGACAAGGGGUUCUAUCAUGGAUAUCCUUAUCCAAAUAAGGUUCAGCUACCACGAGCAAGUCACGCUACUCAUGAGAAACCUUCCUCCAGUCCAAGUGCAACAUCGCAACGAGUGGACAUUCCAAUAUAUUUGACUGUUGGAAUCUGGUAUUUUGAGAGUAUCGAGAAUGUCAUUGGUGUCACCUCGAGCUAAUUUUUAGUUUGAUACACAACACAUGGUUGGGUUGCAACAAAUGCAUGUGCAUUUGCCUUGAUGUAUGAAUACGCACAUAUUCACAAUCAAAGAUAUAUGUCGACUCCUUCAACUUCCUUCGUCCAUGAGCCUC